GUUCCGUAUCCGUCGUUUUAUGUUUGUUUAUUUGUUAUGAAAUACCUAGGCAUAUGUUAUAAAAUUACACUGUCCGUCAACCAUGGGCAUAGGAUGAGGGGGGACUAAGCAGUCCCUAAAAUAUCCAAAUUUUCGUACUACACACAUAGUCCCAAAUCAGUCAAAUAUAAAUUAACAAUAGCAUUAUGGAAGAGGAAUGGAAUUCGAUUUCAACAUCAACAAAUUCUAUGCAUUCAAUUGAGAUCCAUCCUAGUCGAGAUGAAAUCGAUGCUUUCUCCCAAAGAGCUGAAAAUCUCCAAUCGCAAUUAAACUCUUUGACAACGAAAAUUCAAGAUAUCGAAAACAGAUUUUCAAAAGAUCGUAAAAGUGAAAUCAAUGACAAAUCGAAAGAUAUUACUUGCAUUAGAGACCAAAUUCCGCUGUGUACAGAAUUAUAUCAAUGUUUGCAAAAUACUGUAAAGGAACUAGGAGAACAAAAGUUCAUUCUCGACUCACAAUUCAAAGGAUUGACAUUAAAUUUGAACAACAAUAAUAUUCGUUUGCUUGCCGUCGAAAACGAUGUUAAAACCAUAACUCUAAAAUACAAUAGUCUAUUUCAAAUGUACGAAACACUACAAGGCCAACUCGAAAUCGUUGCGGGGAAGAUUUAUGUGAAGUUUGAUUACUUGGAACAAAUGUUAAGCUAUACUACAAGGGAGUAUUAUAGAACAAGCGAUACUCUCGAAGACCUUUAGCGCGUCCAAUCCUAUUACAAGUAUUCAUAUUAUUUUUCAAGCACUGCAACACAUGUAUAGUCAAACAUGCAUGGGCMUAUCAUGUGUCAAUGUGGGUAAAAGUCAGAUAAUGCAAUAAUAGUUGUACAUAAUAAUAGU